AUUCAAAAUAGAUUGACUGGCCUUGUAGCUUGUUAUAUAUCGUAAAAUGGCAAUAUGGCAUUUUUCUCAACACACAAUUGUUCAGAACUAGUGGCUCGUUCGUACCUUACCUUAAGAGCCAUAUAGUUGGGGGACGUUGGACAACAUACCGCAGCCAUGGGUUUUCAGAUGUCAUUGUUGUUGCACUUUAUGCUCCUGCAUAUAGGCACACAAGGCCAAGAUGGACCCAUAGUAGAAGUAGGAGUCGGAUCAACAGUCAGAGGGGUGGAGGAGUAUAUGCCCAACUCUAAUAAACCAGUCUACAAUUUCAUGGGCAUUCCCUUCGCAGCGCCACCUGUCGGUGACCUCAGAUUCCAACCACCGCAGGAAAUUCCUCUCUGGACGGGUGAACUUGAUGGGACCGACUUCGGUGAUAUUUGCCCUAAUGUGAUCCCACUGCUUCCCGCCAUGAGUGAAAAUUGCCUCUUUCUGAAUGUCUGGACUUCAUCGACCUCGCAGAACGCCAAUAUGGCUGUCAUGGUCUGGAUGUUUGGAGGGGCUUUCCAGUUAGGUGAUGGCGAUAUAUACGAGGGGACUGAAUUCGCAACUCUGGAAGAUGUUGUGGUAGUCACAUUCAACUAUAGAGUUGGAGUAUUAGGCUUCUUAACUAUGGGUGAUUCUAACGCACCGGGAAACGCAGGAAUUCUAGAUCAACGGAUGGCUCUCCAAUGGGUACAGCGGCACAUUCGAAGUUUCGGAGGAAAUCCUGAUGCAGUCACUAUAUUUGGAGAAAGUGCAGGGGCAAUGUCAGUAUCUUUUCAUUUGGUAUCCCCGAUGAGCCGAGGCCUUUAUUUGAGGGCGAUAGGGCAAAGUGGUGUCGCAACAACAUGCGGAGCUAUAUGUGUACAUACGACGGAAGUAGCCGUAAACCGCAGUUUUGUGAUUGCAGAAAGUGUUGGCUGUCCCCAAAGCGACUCUGAUGGAGUUACAGCAUGCCUCAGAAACCUCGACUGGGAAGACAUCGAGUUGCACUCAUUCGAAUACCUGCCAGGGCCUCACCUCGACGGUACCUUCUUCACGGACUGGCCACUCAGUACGUACAGUACGGGGGAAUUCAACAGAGUUGACUAUCUACUCGGUUUCAAUCAGGACGAGGGAUAUAUAUUUAUGGGAGACGCCGAACCUACUCGUGAAAACAUCGCAACAUUAAUAAGGGAGUAUCUUGCCAUUAUUUACCCAGAGAAUCUAGAUGCAAUCUUCCAAGCAUGUAUGGACGUCUAUGUUGAUUAUGAUUCGAUGGUGACAGAUGAGGAUUAUGAGAGAGCCUAUUCAUACUUUAUCGGGGAUAAACUGUUCCUUGGUCAAAUUCAUGACUUUGCCAGGAAGCAUUCAGUGCAUGCCACAACUUUCCUUUACUACUUCAACCACCGUCCCUUCUGGUCAGAGAUGCCCACAUGGGCUACUGCUAGUCACGCCCAUGAGAUUCCUUAUGUCUUUGGAGAACCAUUUACGGAUGAUACUACGCUAGAGUUCAGCGAGGCUGGUGGAGUUUUGAGUAGACAGAUGAUGACCUACUGGGCAAACUUUGCUAAAACUGGAAAUCCUAAUGGCAAUGGACUCCCUGCCUGGCCUCAAAUGAAUUGCUCGUCUACAAAUUAUCUGGAGCUUGUGCCGAAUCCGAGAACAGGAGAGCGUUAUGAGCCGGAGAGAAUGAGACUCUGGGUGGAUACGAUCCCAGCUUUGGAUACAUAUCGCAGUGGAACUUAUCGAGGGAUGCCAUGGGCGUGCCCCUCAUAAAAUAUUGCUGUUAUUACGAGCUCAUACGCAAACACGUUGAUCCUGCAUGCAUGCAUUUACGCUGUAAAUGUUGUUCAAAAAUAAAUAUACACGUCGGCAUAUGGGCUCGGGUGUUUUUAAGUUGAACCUU